AUGUUUCGCCUGCAUAUCGGUUUUUUGUGCCUCGUCAUUGCAUUCUGCAUCCUUUUCGGAGUGUCUCACGCCACUAGCGACUCCAUUUGUGUCCUGAGCAAUGCGCCUCAGCAAUGUGGCGCCUUCUGCCUGGCAGCCUUGCAUCCACUGUACGAUCAGUACUCCAAGUCCAGGCAACAGGAGCACAGCCAGGAGGCAAUAGUUAAGAUCAUAGCGGAUUUUCGGGCGGAGCAGAAGGAGGCAAUGGUGAAGCUGAUAGCGGAUUUUCGGGCUGACCAGAAGGAGCUGUUCAAUGUCCUUGCGUCGAAUCUUACCGCGAGCAGACUUGAAUCCAUCUUGCAGAGCAGGCCAGUUACGGUGCCGCCUGGGUUCCAGAAGAUUGGAUCCAGAUACUUUUUCAUAGAAUAUAAUAAGGGGAAAAGCUGGAGUGAUGCCGAGGAAACCUGUCGCGAAAAGGGCGGUCACCUAGCAGCCUUCCGAACCGAAGACGAAUUAGAAGCCAUCACAAGAAUCGUCCAUAAAUAUACCUCCUUCUGGCUGGGUUACCAUCGAAAUAGUGAGGACGGAUUCGUGACGGCCACCGGAAAUAAAGGAUCGUUUAUGAAGUGGGGUUCAGAAGAACCCACCAACAUUGGUGGCAACGAGCACUGCGUUGUCCUAUUCAAUUCAUGCAUGUAUUAUGGAAAAUGCGAUAUUACCAUUCCCUUCAUCUGCCAGUUGGACACGGUUUAA